AUGAAUAGAACACAUAUGCCAAAUAAUCACAAAAUUCACGAAGGAAUUAACAUGAAGUCCUCAAUAAAUGAAGUAAAAAAAAGUAAACGAAUAGAGAAAGCAUUAAGUUAUGUAACAAAUUCCACCAAAAAAAAAUCAAAAAAAAAACAAACAAAUAUAAAAAAAAUAGGGGAUGUUUCUGUAAAUAUAGAAAACACAAACACCUCGAAUAAUCUCAAUUUGUACAUUGACAACGAAUCAGUGGUUUCUUCAAAAUAUAAGAAAAAAACAAAAAAAAAAAAAAAAAAAAAAUUAAAUAUUUAUAAUAACAAUGAUAGUAGUAAAUAUUUAAAACCAAAAGUUGUAAAAAAAAAAAAUUCAAAAAUUAUAUUUCUUCACCACAAUGAGAAUAACAUAAGCACACACUCAGGAGAAUCUUCAAAAUUUCAAAAGUUAAAGAAAAAAAAAAAAAUUAAAAAGGGAACUAAAAAAAAAUCAAUAAACAAAAUUAGCAUUUUAAAGCAUAAAAGUCACGAAUCCUUUCCUUCCACACAAAAUAAAAACACACCUGAACUUGAACCAAAUCAAGUUAAUCUAUCACCCUUGGAAAUAGAAAUAAAUAAAACCAAUGAUAUAGAUAAGCAUGAUUUAGAAAUAAACAAAACCAAUGAUAUAGGUAAGCAUGAUUUAGAAAUAAACAAAACCAAUGAUAUAGGUAAGCAUGAUUUAGAAAUAAACAAAACUCCUUGCACACAAAAUUUCAAUGACCCUACUAAUAAUUUGGACAAUAAUGAAAAAAUAAAAGACCGUGCCCCAUUUCACAGAAUUGACAAAAGUAGUGAAAAAUAUACAACUAAUGAUAAAGAACAUAUGCAAAGUAUGAUAAAAAACCGGUAUUACAUCAUUGAUAAGAAUGAAAAAAGUGAGCAAGGUUAUAACAACGAUAUGAAUAUAACAAAUUUUAUCAAAAACGAUAACACUGCUAAGAAUAGCAAUAGUGCCAGGAGCGUCAAUAGUAACGAUUAUAAUAAGAGUUUAUUUUGUGAACUUACAGAAGCUAUAGAAAAUGAUGGAAUCGAACAAAACUGUAAUAGAAAUAUAAAUAUUCGGCUUAAAGAAGAGAAAGAAGCCGAAGAAGAAGAAAAAGAAAAAAAAAAAAAUGAUGAGCAUAUUCUUGAAAAUGGCAAAUCGAAUAUUGAGGGUAAUAACUUCGAUAAGAAAGAUGAUUUAACUAAUUUAGGAAAAAAUUUAAAAAAUAAUGAAAGUUGUGAAUCGAACAGUCCCAAAAAAAAUAUACGAAAGAGUUCAUUAAAUGGUAUGAAAAAAAAGAAUAUAUCUGAAAAAAAAACGAAAACAAAAAUUAAACAGAAAAAGAAAAGACAAAAUAAUAUUAAUGAUACCACAAUCGAUAAAAAAAAAGUAUACAUAAAAGAAAAUAACAAUGAAAGAAAAUCGUCAGGUUUGAUUUUGGGAUUCAAGAAGAUGAAGAAGAAGUUAAGUGGAAAAAAGAUAAACACAAAAAAGGAAUAUAAAGAAAAAAAAAUAUACAGUGAUAAACUAAAAGAUGGAAUAAAAGACACAACAAAAUAUAAGAAAAAGGAUAUAGAUGAUAUAAGUUUCACUAAAGAUAUUGCGAAAGAUAUUGUGAAAGAUAAUGUGAAAGAGAAUGUGAAAGAAAAUGUGAAAGAGAAUGUGAAAAAAAUUGUGAAAGAUGAUGUGAAGAAAAUUGUGAAAGAUGAUGUGAAGAAAAUUGUGAAAGAUGAUGUGAAAGAUGAUGUGAAAGAUGAUGUGAAAGAUGAUGAUGAGAAAAAAAGAAAAACAAUAGGUCAAGAGGAAGAGAAAGAAAAAAUAGAAAUUGUCAUGUUGAAAAAAAACGAAACGAGAACAGAAGAAGAGAUAAAAAUGGGAACUGACGAAAAACCCAAAGUAAAAACUAAAGAAAACUUCAAAAUAGAAAAUGAAGAAGGAUGCAAAAUGGAGAUUGGUGAAGAAAAUUCAGUUUUGGUAGAGGCCAAAAAUAUGAAAAAUGAAACAAAACUUGAAGCAGAUGUUAUAACAAUUGAAGAUGCCGAAUUAAGAAAGGAUGAAGAAGAAGAGAAAUCCAAAAACAAUGAAAAAGACUCGAAAUCAGAGGAAAGGAAUAUAUUAGAAACACAAAUAGUAGGAAAAGAGGAAAAGGGAGAGGAGAAGGAAAAACCUGUUUUAAAAAAAAAAAAAAAAAAUAAAGCAAAGCAAAGAAACAGGGAAGGAAAAGGGGUUAUAGAAAAGGGUUAUGAUGCAAAAAGGGAAAAGAAAGAGAACGAACAAAAAAAUAGCAAAAAAGAAAAUGAAAAAGAUGAAAAAGAUGAAAAAGAUGAAAAAAAUGAAGAAAAUGAAGAAAAUGCCAAAAUGGAACCCGAUGAUUCAAUUGAGCAAAAGGACAAACCGUCGAAUGUUCAGAAUAUGAGUAAUAUUAUUAAAAAUAAUAAAGUGAACAAAAUAUUGGAGAAAUAUAUAAUUUCAAAAAAGGAAGAAAAAUUAAAAAGAAAAUAUAUGAAUAGAAAAAAAUAUGUGGAUAUUUUAGAUAUUAGUGAAAAAAAAUUUAAAAUAGAUACUAUAAAUUGUUUUCCACAUACUACAACACAAGUAUGUUAUAGUGAUAUAUAUUUUUUUUUUGAUACAUAUGAAAAAAAAUUAAAAAAAAGUAAUAGUGGUAAAAAUACGAUAAAAUUAAUGAAAAAGCUAUUCAAAUGUGAAUACAUUGAAAUGAAUAAUAUGGAUCUAGUGCUUAAAAUUUUUGAUAAAAUUAUAGACAAGUUAAAAAAGGAAUUAAAAACAGAAUCUAUAGUAAAAAUAUAUGAUGAAGAAGAACAUGUAAUUGCAUCUAAAAUAAUGGAAUACAAAAAUGGUAAUUAUGAUAAAUAUAUGUAUAACAAAAAAAGAUAUGGUUCGAAUAAUGAAUAUAAUAUAUCUGAGAAUAAUUUAUUUAAUCAAAACCCUUUGCAUAAUAAAAAUAAUUUAUUUGGUUGCAAUAGAAAUAAAUUGUAUAAUAUAAUUUUUAACUCAUCUCAAGGCGAAUAUAUAAUGGGAUCUCAUUCUUUUUUAAUAUUACAACAGUGGAAUGAUGAAUAUAAAUUAGCUAUGUUAAGAGAUAAAUUAGAACAAAUUAAAAAAAGAAAACAAAACAUGAAUACUCAUGUAACAACAUAUAUUAAAUCAUUAAGAUAUGGUUUUAUUGACAAUUUGUUUAGUAUAUGUUGUUUAAAUAAUUGUAAAAAUAAUGACAAUGAUGUGGAUUAUUGUGAUUUUCCGCUUCCCCUACAAAACAUGUUUUAUGCAAAUACACAAAUGGAUGUAGAUAAUAUUAAAUUGAAUCAUGAGCGUAUUCCACCAAUGAAAAUGACAAAAGCGGUUCGCAUUUUAGCAUCCAGUUAG